AUGGCUUACCACGAAAUAUUUGACUUGUACUCACUUUUAUUUCUGAUAUUUUAGAGCAUUACAGAAGAAUUAUAAGAAGAAAAAUUCAGUGCUGUCUCCUGCAUUUGAUCCAUUGACUUCAGUGGGGUCGUAUGCGAGUAUUUUAAGGAGCAAGGAUAGGUCACAGGAGAGGAUUUAUAAUUAGGAUGAAGGAAAAGUUUGAGAAGCGUUUGAAGAGGGGUAAUUUUAGCCAGCCCAAGAGGAGGGGUAGUGUGUUGAAGGAGAGGAAGAAAAGUGAUGAGAUAGUGGAUUAUAAUGAGGUUUUAAAUGAACAGAUUCUUAACAUUAACCCUCUUAACACAAUCUCAAAAGAAGAUGAAAACUAUAACCCAAAACUAAGUCGAUGCGAUAGCCGAGAGAGUAUAGACAAGCCAUACUCUCUGUCAAAGCCUAUAUACUACCCAACACAGCCAAUCUUGGAUCUAAACCAACCCAAUUUCCAGCUCCCUCGACUCAAAAACCCUUCUCUAAUCCCCCGUUCCUUCACUAAGACCGAGAAGAAAGCAGAAACUAUGCCUUUCCCUUCCAAAGGCGCCUGCUCACCCAAUUCAAAAUCCCAUAUAUUAUCUCGCAAACAAAUUCUAAAAGCUCUGCACAAGUCUCACCUGAAGUCAGUCUCUUUGCGGACAAUCUUGACGCCCAAGCAGAUACAAUCUAUUAAGAUAACUCCGACUGCCAAUAAUCCUAGCAAAGAUAAAUCUAAGUCUCCAAAAUAAGCAACAAAAAAGGAAGAUUAUUCCUGUAAAUCUGAUAGAAAAAUCUGGGGCUUUAGGCUCUUUGGCAUCAAGAAAAAAUCAUAGCAUGGUUAAGAAUAACUCUUUAAAGAAAAUCAAAGUAGGUAGCAAAGAAAGAAUCAGCAAGAAGACAUUACCAGAAAUAGCUUCUGGCAAUAAAAAGAUAGUCUCCCUGAGAGAUUUCGAAGGCAAAAAUUCCUUUAGAUUCAGAGAUUUUGAAAAAGAAAAGUCUGCUCGAGCUAGAAAAGAGUUGAAAUAGCCAAAAGAAAAUGCCUAUAAAUUUAUUCUUUAACCAAGUUUCGAAAGUGAAACUAUACAACAAGAAGAACCAUACAAUUAAAAGAAAGAGGGAGAAGCCAAAUAUGGUCAACGUGAGUAUCCCGAACCAGCAAGAGAUGGCUAAAAUUUUGGACAAAUCGCAAGAGCGGCAGAAUUUCCUGAAGAAGACCCAUGUCUCCGUAGGUACCAUCCUUGAAUAUGGCAAGUUAUCAUAAGUCUGCCUCCCCCAUUCUGAGCUGUUGUGCAU